AUGGAUCCAAAAAAGCAGUGCUAUUGUAAAAUAAUCUUACUUGAUAAUACCGACCUGAACGUUGUAGUUUCAAAAAAUGCUAUCGGUCAAGAACUGUAUGAUCAAGUAUUCUAUGCAUUAGAUUUAGAAGAAAAAGAUUACUUUGGCUUACAAUUUAUGGAUCACUUCCAUGUUCAGCAUUGGUUAGAUCCAAUAAAGCGAAUAACUAAACAAGUUCCAAUUGGACCACCAUAUACUUUUCGAUUUCGAGUCAAAUUUUAUACAUCAGAGCCAAAUAAUUUACGUGAAGAAUUGACUCGGUAUCAGUUCUUCCUGCAGCUAAAGCAUGACAUUCAGUCAGGAAGGUUACAGUGUCCCAAGAAUAUAGCCGUGGAACUUGCUGCAUUUGCACUUCAAUCAGAACUUGGAGAUUACAAUGAAGCAGAACAUACUGCUGCUUUAAUAUCAGAAUUUCGGUUUCAUCCUGAACAAGACGAAGAAAUGGAAAUUGCAAUUUUAGAGAGAUUUAUUACUUGCAGAGGUCAGUCACCAGCUGCAGCUGAAAUUAAUUAUCUAAAUAAAGCAAAAUGGAUUGAACUGUAUGGUGUUGAUAUGCAUACUGUCGAAGGAAAAGAUGGCAAUUUAUAUAGGUUAGGUUUAACACCAACAGGCAUGUUAGUAUUCGAUGGUAAUCAAAAGAUUGGUUUAUUUCUGUGGGAAAAAAUUCAGAAACUUGACUUUAAAAAUCGCAAAAUUACACUUGUUGUAGAGGAAGACGUUGAUCAAACCAGUGGACAAGUACAGCUUCACACUUUUGUAUUCAACUUGUCAUCUCACAAAGCUUGCAAGCAUUUAUGGAAAUGUGCAAUUGAACAUCAUACAUUUUUUCGGCUUAAAUAUCAUAAGCCAAGUUAUGCUAAAACAUCACAAUUAUUCCGUCUAGGUAGCACAUUCCGCUACAGAGGUCGGACAGAGUAUGAAAAUGUACAUAAAGAUGGUGGACGAUUGUCACGUCGUCAGUCGGUCACGUUUGAGAGACGGCCAUCACAACGAUAUGGUCCGAGACAAAGUCUACUGAAUAGAAGAAUCCAAGUGCGCAAUGAUUUCAAGCAACAAGUUGGUUAUAAUUGCCAACUUAUGCUAAUUAUCAUUAAUAUCAUUUAA